AUGGCCCUUUCUCUUGGCCACAUUGGUCUCGCGCUUUUCGCAGUCGUCCGACCAGCAUCGGCCGCCAAUAGACUUGGCACUCGACUUGUCGGUCGUGUUGACCUCGUCGUCAUAUUUUUCGAAAUCCACAGGGUUGUCGUGAUAAGGGGAAACGAAAUACACCUGUCGACAUGGCUGGGACCGGCGUUUGCUCGGUGCGCCACCGCACUUCCCGCUCUCGUACAUUCUGUUCCAUCUCCGGUGCCAAUGGCAGUAGCCUCUGCCGCUCUACAGCAGAGAUGCCUUGACUUCACGGCACCGUGGGUCUGA